AUGUAUCCAUCAUCUUUUGUCACGCUACACAAUGAAAACCAGACACGGUGGAUCAAGGAGAGGUAUUUUACAAUAAAUAGGGAAUGUAAAGACCUAAGCGUAGCUUUACUAGGGGGUGGUACUUGCUUUUAAAGAUAGGGAAUGUUAGUGUAAUUGUAAUUUUGUAACGGAAAAGUUAUGGAUAGGAAGGUUUAGUAUUGUAAAAUUGCUUAAACAAUAGUAAUCCUGAAAUUCCAGCUGUGACAUAAAUGAUGUAACUAUAACGAUAUUUGCUUUACUGGAGCAAAUUGGCGAUGACAGUGUAAUCGUUGACUAUGUUAACAGUAAUCUGGCAAGACAAGUGUUUGGGAACGACGGCUUGAAGGAAUUGACGACUAAAAUUAGCCAAGGACAAGUGGAUUUAAGCAACGAUGACACGGUAAGUCCAUACUGAUACGAAAAGCGACAAGUGAAAGAUCAAUAUGUUUUGUAGAAAACAUUGAUAUUUGUGGGUUUGUAAGAAAGUAUUAACAUUGAUAUUUAGGUUGAGAAGAUACUAACGCAAGUGUUUAUGGACGUAAAUGAUCAAUGUAAAAACCUAAAAUGUGAUGGAAGCGUUGGUGCUGCUGCUGUUAUGACACUUUUCGUAAACGACUUUUUGUAUACUGUAGAUUACAGUAAUGUGGUGUAAGUUAAGUUUAUUAGAAGAGUUCCCUACUCUUUAUAACGCUAAAUAUUGAACAUGAUUUACGCAAUAGUCAGACAAAACAACUUAUAAUAUAUUCUUCCAAUUUUAAUCAUAAUUAUGUUUCAGUGUGGUAUUGGGAAAAGAAAUUGGAGGUAAGUUAACAAAAACAACAUAUUAAUCAAGUUUGUGUAGACCCGGUGGACUUGGCACUGUUUCCAAUGACAGAAUCCCACCAUGGAAUAAGUGAAACACUAAGCGGAUACUUUGGAAAGAGCGAGACAAGCAAGCCCAAAGUGGUCGGAGGCAUACAGGUAAGGUAACUUAUGAUACCUUAAGGUAAAAAUUAUUAUUUUUUUCUGAAAGAAGGUAACAACUAUCUUAAAUUAUAUUUUCCAGAUCAACAAGUCGAUUAAAUUCCUCAUCUUUGCCAAUGCCUCUCUUAUGCACCUAGUGACUUCUGUGAAACACGAUGAAGAAACCACUGGAACCAGCCAUCUGACUUCAAUGCUACUCGACCGAUUAAGGACUUCUAGGUACGAUACUUAAGUCAAACUAUUUAUUUUUACUUUACUAAAGAGUAUAACAUUUUACUAGCAUAAUCAUAUUUUUAAAUGACGUUAGACUUCAAUGAAAAAGGCAAUAUUACUCAUGCCCUACCAUUCUUUGAUACUCAUCUGUCUUAUUCCAGUGACAUAACAUCAGAGAUUGAGCAAGCCUUGACAGAAAUCUCAGAGAAAUACAAAUCUGAAACAGAUACCCCUAAUCUACCUUAUCUAGCCUUGGCCUACGUAGAUCUGAGCAACGAAAUCCAGCUAGACAGCCAGAAGGUACCUCAUGUUGGUCUGAUACCAAGCUACGUGGACUGGUCUGACUUUUACCAAAAUCCAAGCAAAGACGAAGUUAUUGCCAAGAUUGAGAGCUUGAAAAUGUUCUACAAGAGCAAAAAGAACCUUCACAGUAUUGCUGAAGAUUAA